UGGAGGGGUAGUUUCGCUUAUAUAAUGGAAGACCGCUGGCCGGAGGGAUAGUGGGGCCGAUCACAUUGACCGCCUUCUCGCCCCGUCGAACAUGGGGCUCCCUCCGGCAAAGGCUUAAGUGGUCACGUGAAACACCAUCAUUCAACGCGUUUGCGACGCGUCUUCCAAGCGGAUGCAUCACGUCCAGAUUUCUAAUUUCCACUUGCACGAGGAUACCUUAUUCAUAGGUUGGAGCUCAUAUUGCACCACCUCACCGUCCCCUCCUCAAAUUAUCCAAUCGAGCUUGCCCGCACCACAUUCAAUAUGUCCGACUUCGAAGACGAGAUGGACGUCGACGUCCCCGUGUCCAAGGACAUCACCUUCUCCUCAGACGCCAAGCAGGGCAAGCGCAGCGCCGCCAACCUCCCCGUAGAAGCCGAAGACAGUCUGCCAUGGGUUGAAAAGUACCGCCCAGUAAGCCUCAACGACGUGUCCGGACACCAGGAUAUUCUUGCCACCAUCAACAAGUUUGUCGACUCGAAUCGUCUCCCUCACCUACUCCUCUACGGGCCCCCGGGAACUGGCAAGACCUCGACGAUCCUCGCCCUCGCGCGCCGCAUCUAUGGCGCCGAGAACAUGCGGCAGAUGGUUCUCGAGCUCAACGCUUCAGACGAUCGCGGCAUCGACGUCGUUCGCGAGCAAAUCAAAACCUUUGCCUCGACAAAACAAAUAUUCACUCUCGGACCCUCGGCCAAGUCGGGCAACGGUGGCAGCAUGGCGUCGUACAAGCUCAUCAUCCUCGACGAGGCCGAUGCUAUGACGAACACGGCGCAGAUGGCGUUGCGCCGCAUCAUGGAGAAGUACACUGUCAAUACGCGCUUCUGCAUCAUUGCAAACUACUCGCACAAGCUGUCACCGGCACUGCUGUCAAGAUGUACGAGGUUCCGAUUCAGUCCGUUGAAGGAGCGCGAUAUCAGAGUCUUGGUGGAUAAGGUGAUUGAGGAGGAGCACGUCAAAAUCAUCCCCGACGCCACGGAAGCUUUGGUGAAGCUUAGCAAGGGUGACAUGAGAAGAGCACUCAAUGUGCUCCAAGCUUGUCACGCAUCGAGUACCCCGUUGCAACCCAAGGACGCACCCAAGGUGGCCGAGGCCGAUAUUUUGAGGGAAACCAUUUCUACAGAGACGAUAUACAACUGCAUUGCCGCUCCUCAGCCCGACGCUGUGCAGGAGAUCCUGGAUGUAUUGUUGAGCACAACAGACGUGACAUCCUGCCUGACUACUAUCAACACCCUAAAAGUGUCACGGGGUCUUGCCCUGGCAGAUAUCAUCACAGCUCUAGCGGAGCAACUGGCGACACUCGAGGUCAAGCCGGAAAUCAUGAUUAAGUGGCUCGACGGGCUGGCGGAUAUCGAACACCGUGUUGCUGGUGGCGGCAGCGAGACAGUGCAGACGGGAGCUGUGGUGGGCGUCAUUAGGAGCGGAGCAGAGUUGAUGAGCAAAUGAACAAGUCGGAGUGCAGAGGAGGGUAGCCUACGGAGCAUGGAUGGCUAAUUUACGACGUUAUGAUUC